AUGUGGGAGGGCAAUGAGCCUGAGGACAGCAGUCAGCUGACUUAUGGUGAGCUGCUGGAACAGGUGUGCAAGUGCUCCAACGUGCUGCUGCGACACGGGGUGCGCAAGGGAGACUGUGUCGCCAUCUACAUGCCAAUGGUGCCGGAGAUUGUCGUUGCCAUGUUGGCCUGUGCCCGCAUCGGCGCGCUUCACACUGUCGUUGUCAGU